UUGCAGCCCUCUGCCAGAGCUCUGGUUCUUCCUGUCCACGGGUCGGUUCCGGUUCAGCGGUGAACUGUGGACUGAAGCGAGCAGCUUGGCUCCUCCCACUGCUUGUUCACACUGAGCAGUAAUGGCUGCCUGGUUGUCACGGAGCGCUGCGUGUGGGAUCUGCAGCCUGCGCCGGCCACUCUGCGGUGGCGCGCUGCGGUGGAGCUCCUCUGCCCUGCAGGAGAAGCUGCGGUCGGUGCAGGACCUGCCGCACGUCAGCGCCCUGGAGAUGCUGUACCGGGUUCUGGUCCAGGGCUACUUCUCCUCUCUGCACAUGCUGCAGGUCUAUGAGAAGCAGCUCUAUGGACCCAUAUAUAAAAACGGACGCAACGCGGUGUCAGUGAGCAGCGCCGAGCUGCUGGAGGAGCUGGUCCGGAAGGACGACAAGUUUCCCACCAGAGGAGACAUGGAUCUGUGGACGGAGUACCGCGAGAUGAGAGGCCUGGGCUACGGACCCCUCACAGAGGAAGGGGAGCGCUGGUACAAGCUGAGGGCGGUUCUCAACAAGCGGAUGCUCCAUCCCAGGGAUUCAGCUCAGUACGACGGGGUGAUCAACGCCGUGGUGACAGACUUCAUCAAACGGAUCAAACGUCUGCGUCUCUGCAGCCCAACAGGCGACCUGGUUCCUGACAUCGCCAACAAGUUCUACCUGUUUUCACUGGAAGGUAUUUCCUCCAUACUGUUUGAGGCGAGGCUCGGCUGUCUGAGCGAGGAGAUUCCUGCCGGUACACAGGAGUUCAUCACUUCCAUCUCUCAGAUGUUUUCCAACGCCAUUUAUGUGGCGAUCUUCCCAAAGUGGAGCCGCAGCCUGCUCCCCUACUGGCAGCGCUACAUCGCUAGCUGGGAUGGCAUCUUCAGCUUUGGUAAAACUUUGAUUGACAAGAAGAUGGAGGACAUUCAGCAGCGAGUGGACAACGACCAGGAUGUGGAGGAUGAAUAUCUGACGUACCUCCUGUCAAACUCCCAGAUGAGCACCAGAGAUAUCUACGCCAGCGUGACGGAGCUGCUGUUAGCCGGAGUGGACACGACCUCCAACACCCUGACCUGGGCUUUGUACCAGCUGUCCAGGAACCCAGAAACCCAGAACAGACUUUAUGAGGAGGUUUCCUCUCUGGUACCGGCGGACCGGAUCCCCAGCGCCGCAGAGGUCACUGCGAUGCCGUUUUUACGAGCCGUGAUCAAGGAAACUCUCAGGAUGUACCCUGUGGUUCCUAUAAAUUCAAGGAUCAUAAAAGAAAAGCCUGUUGCUGUUGGUGGAUAUCAGUUUCCAGAAAAAACUGGUUUCACGCUCUGCCACUACGCCAUCAGUCAUGAUGAGAACAUUUUCCCAGAACCGUACCGGUUCAAGCCGGAGCGAUGGCUCCGUGACGGCCGCCAGAGGCCCAACGCCUUCGGCUCCAUCCCGUUUGGCUACGGCGUUCGAGGCUGCGUUGGUCGCAGGAUCGCAGAACUCGAGAUGUACUUGGUUCUGUUUCGGCUUAUUCGAGAGUUUGAAAUCAAACCGAACCCCACUGCGGAUGAUCUAAAGAUCGUCAGUCGGGCCGUUUUGGUGCCAAACAAGCAACUGGACCUGCACUUUGUGGACCGACGAUGAAGGAACAGUUUGAUUUAACAGUUUAGCAAAACAUCCUGAAAGUGCUGUUUCUGACUGAUUUUUUCCUGUUAGCAAAC